AUGUCCUUGCCAGUCCUUCCCCCCGUCGUCGAGGCUGGCGGGGCUCGCAAUUUCAAAGGAAACUAUGUCUUCUACUGGAAUGAGGUUGCCCUCGACCUUGUCCGCCUAACCCAUACUGUGUCCGGCCCUCAGAGUGGACCCCCUCUUACUGCAAGAUUUCUCGGUAUCCUUCAUCUUGCCAUGCAUGAUGCCUACUUUGCUGUCUAUCCGUACACAAGCCAUCCGAACCACAACCCACACUUCACACAGAUUGGACCCUAUCUUUCCGAUGCACUUCUUAGACCUGAACCCCAGAACCUGAACCGCGGUAAGGCAGAGGCUGCAAAUGCUGUUGCUGGGGCCGCCAUCACCGUCUUGAACAAGCUCUUCAAGAACCCGGCCAACAAAGAUCCUCAGGUCUCAGUCAAAGCCACCCUCGCUCUUGGCAAUUUCAUCGAUUCAGCCUUCCGUGCCUAUCAGGAGGCGCACAAUCUCAAUCUACGUUCUCCUGGGUACCUUUAUGGUGUCCGCAUCGCCAAUGCGGUUCUUAAGGAACUGGAAAUCAAAGCUGCGGAACCCGGCGUUGGCAUUGGCACUUAUAUGCCAAAUGCCAAUCAACCAUACUUUUUUGACGAUGACCCAUCUCAUCCAAUUCGCCAACGCCCCAUCGAUCCGAACGACCCGGAAGACGGGAAUAGGCCAACCCGUCCUUAUCAUGGACCGUUUUACGGGACGACCGCUGCCGUUCUUGCCACUACUCAGGAUUGGAAGACUGCUGACCCACCUGUUGUACCCACGGAAGCGCUUCUUAAUCCUCCCUCCGCACCCGAUCCUGACUACCUAGCUUAUCUCGAGUCCGUUCAAGAUGUCUUCCGGAUGGGCGGCAUCGAAGGGCUUGCCAGCACCAAACGCCGCCCAUCUCAGACGGUAGCGGGUCUCUUCUGGGCUUAUGACGGCGUGAACCUGAUCGGUACUCCUCCUCGCCUCUACAACCAGAUCAUCCGCCAAGUCGCCUUCGACAACAAAGUGGGCUCAGACGCCGACCUUCACUCGGAUGAGAACAACGCGCAGUUUCUCCGCCUCUUCGCCCUGGCCAACACGGCCAUGGCGGACGCCGGCAUCUUCUGCUGGCGUGACAAGUACAAGUACGAACUCUGGCGCCCUCUCUCCGGCGUCCGUGCGGACCCCACAGGUCCAGUGCCUGAGGGCUUCGCUCGCCCGACCUGGCAAGUCCUCGGCGCCCCCUCCACUAACAGCAACGAGGGCGGCUUUAAGCCCCCUUUCCCGGCUUAUCCUUCCGGUCACGCUACCUUUGGAGCCGCAGCGUUUCAAAUGGUCCGUCUCUUCUACCACCAGCGCGGUGACGGCGUUCUCACUCCAUUGCCCUCGUCUUCCGACAUGAAAGAAGGUGCCGGUACGGGUGGCGGGGGACAAGAGCCCAUGAAACCCCCCAAACUGGACCCCAAAACAGCCAACGACAGUAUCCGCUUCGAAUUCAUCUCUGACGAACUCAACGGUAUCUCCCGCAAUAUCCUGUACCAACCCUACAACCCCGCGCAGGCCAUCACAGAUCAGGCAGGCGAAGUGCGCACCCGCCUCGUCUUCAAGUUCCAGAGCAUGAAAGAAGCCAUCUUCUCCAACGCCAUCUCACGCAUUUGGCUCGGCGUGCACUGGCAUUUUGAUGCCUUCAACGGUAAGGAUGUUUUGGUGCCCUACACCAAGGGUGGCGCGGGCGAAGACGUAUCUCUGCCUCGUCCUGUCAACUAUGUGCAGCAGUAUCAGGUAGAAAAUGACGGGACCACGAGCUAUCUACCAGUUGAUCAGCAAGAUUGGUUCCAAACUCUGGGCCCGCGGGACGGCGUCGCCAACCCGAAGGUCCCAUUUGGCGGCGUGCCCCUGGGGAUCAACAUUGCGCAAGACAUUUUCGACACAGGCAUGAAGUUCAGUGGGAGUCUCGUUGAUCUCAGCUCUGCAAGGCCCGACCACCGACCUUGA